GGUACCACCAAUCAGCGCGGGCCACGGUAAGAUUUGGUCUAUAUUUUCAUUGCAUAGCUAAUUUUGGCAAGCUUGCCAUAACAGCGAUAAAGUUACGUUAGUCACAUCUGAAAGGAGGCUGAUACAACAAUGAGAUCAGUUUUAGGUGUGCUGUUGUGUUCCUGGGCCGUCCUGUCGGUCCAUGGCCUGUACUCCCCCAGUGAUGACGUGGUUGAGCUCACUCCCUCCAACUUCAACCGGGAGGUUCUGCAAAGUGACAGCCUGUGGCUGGUGGAGUUCUAUGCCCCCUGGUGUGGACACUGCAAGAACUUGGUACCUGACUGGAAGAAGGCCGCUACUGCUCUGAAGGGCAUCGUGAAGGUCGGUGCUGUGGAUGCAGACCAGCACAAAUCUCUGGGCGGGCAGUACGGCGUGCGGGGCUUCCCCACCAUCAAGGUCUUUGGAGCCAAUAAGAACAAACCAGCGGACUACCAAGGUGGCAGGAGUAGCCAGGCUAUAGUGGACGAGGCUAUAAACGCCUUGCGCUCCCUGGUCAAGGACCGGCUAGGGGGCCGGACAGGAGGCUCUGACUACAGCAAACAGAGUGGAGGGGGCAGUGGGGGUGGCAGUAAGAAGGAUAUGGUGGAGUUGACGGACGAUAACUUUGACCGGACCGUGCUGCAGAGCGAUGAUGUGUGGUUGGUGGAGUUCUUCGCUCCCUGGUGUGGCCAUUGCAAAAACCUGGAGCCAGAGUGGGCUGCCGCUGCUACUGAGGUCAAGGAUCAGACCAAUGGCAGAGUUCAUCUGGGAGCUGUGGAUGCCACCGUGCAUCAGAAUCUCGCUAGCCGUUACGGGAUUCGUGGGUUCCCCACCAUUAAAAUUUUCAAGAAAGGAGAGGAGCCAGAGGACUACCAGGGAGGCCGCACCCGUUCUGACAUUGUUGCUCGCGCCCUGGACCUCUUCUCCGACAACGUCCCCGCACCUGAGAUACUGGAGAUUGUCAAUGCCGACGUCUUGAAGAAAUCCUGUGAGGACAGCCAGCUGUGUGUCAUCGCCGUGCUACCUCACAUCCUGGAUACAGGUGCGGCAGGUCGUAAUGGCUACCUGGAGGUGCUGAUGAAGAACGCUGACAAGUACAAGAAGAAGAUGUGGGGCUGGUUGUGGGCAGAGGCUGGUGCCCAGAUGGAGCUGGAGUCUGCACUGGGCAUCGGGGGGUUCGGGUACCCCGCCAUGGCGGCCAUUAACGCCCGCAAGAUGAAGUUCGCCCUCCUCAGGGGCUCCUUCAGCGAGACAGGCAUCCAUGAGUUCCUCAGGGACCUGUCCAUGGGCCGCGGCUCCACGUCUACCGUGGGGGGAGGAGCCUUACCCAAGAUCUACACUGUGGAGCCUUGGGAUGGCAAAGAUGGAGAGCUGCCUGUAGAGGACGACAUUGACCUGAGCGACAUCGAUCUGGACGAUUUGGACAAGGAUGAGUUAUGAGUCCGGAUAUGACGCCCGGGGCGUGAUGGGAGAGGGGCUGGCCGUGUGUGUGUGUGUGUGUCAGUGUGUGUGUGUGUGUCAGUCAUUGUCACAAGGCCUGCGGCAGACUGGUGAGGGUAUGAGGGACUAGACUAGUGUCUCUCUGCCUGCUGGUCUGUCAGGGUUGGUGUGUUUGUGUGUAAAUGAGAGGUAGUAUGCAAUCCCCACGCUCUGCCAUUCUCUCCCCCUCUCUUUACCAUUUCUGUGUGUGUGCUUGCCUGUUUGCAUCUGUGUGUGUGUGUGUGUGUGUGUGUGUGUGUGUGUGUGUGUGUGUGUGUGUGUGUGUGUGUGUGUGUGUGUGUGUGUGUGUGUGUGUGUGUGUGUGUGUGUGUGUGCGCCCCAUCUCCUAUGGUUGAAGGGGGGGGGGAUGUUCACCAUUAGAGAACCAAAACAGACAGACACGUGUUCAGCUGUCCCAUACACCUCGGAUCACAAGAGUCAGUUGUGUGUGUGUGUGGAGAUGUGUGAGAGAGAUCUUCAAUACUGUACAGCUUCACUGAUUAGCUCUCUCUAGAGAAAGUGUGUGUGUGUGGUGUGUGAGAGAGAUCUUCAAUACUGUACAGCUUUACUGAUUAGCUCUCUCUAGAGAAAGUGUGUGUGUGUGUGGAGGUGUGUGAGGGAGAUCUCUCUCUAGAGAAAGUGUGUGUGUGUGUGUGUGUGCGUCAGAUGCUUCUCUCCUACAGCUACACACCCAGACCUAAAGAGUUCAGUCCAGGUCAGGAGACCGCAGCGCCCCCUCUGGGCUUUCUCCCCAGUGUCCUGAACAUGGACUGGUCAGAACUGCCCGAGUCUGAGCUAUAGGACAGACUUCUGCUCUCCCAGAGACCGGAACAGCGAUCACGUGUUUUGCCGACGACUUCACUAUGUUAGUGGUUUCAGAGGGAGAGUAGUGUUUGAUGCUAGAGCGAGAGUUCACAUGAGUCUGAUUGAGUCUGACCUCCAUUUCCCAUACAGAUGGGUUUCUGGGGUAGGUUUGCCUCCAGACAGGUUUGUGUGUGUGUGUGUGUGUGUGUGUGUGAACGUGUACAUGAGACCCUGCAGCAUGUGAUGUCUGGCCAUUACAGGGGAGCUACUGUGUAGAUUUUUCUUUCACAAAAUUGUUUCAACUGUGUUUAAAAAAUAAAUGUUUUUUUUUUUUUUUUUUUAAAUAAAGAAAGAUUCACAAAAAAGGCUGACCUCA